AUGGAUUAUUAUUCCAGGUACUCUUAUGUGGAGUUGUUGGUUAGGAAAAGUGAUGCAAGUCUUGCCAUUCGUAACUUUAUUGCUAGGUGUGAAUCUUAUUUUUCUGGUGAUUCUGCUGGUGAUCGAGUUGCAUAUUUUCAUUCUGAUAAUGGCGGCGAAUACAUUUCCAAAGACCUGGAGCAGUUCUUUGUGUCUAAGGGUAUCAAGCAUACUUAUACAGUUCCUCAUACUCCUCAGCAAAAUGGUGUUGCUGAGCGAUUGAAUCGCACAUUAUUUGAAAAAGCCAAGUCUAUGCUUUUAUAUGCUCAUGCUCCUGAGUAUUUAUGGGGUGAAGCUGUCAAGUCUGCUAAUUAUAUUAGGAACCGUCUUCCUAGUCGUACCACUGGUGGUGUUGCACCUCUUCAACUUUGGACGGGUAAACCUCCUAGUUAUCACCAUAUGAAAGUAUUUGGUUGUCAAGCUACAGUUGUUCUUCCUGGUGCUAAAAGAGAAUCUAAGUUAAGUUCAAAUACUGAAGCUGGUGUUUUUGUUGGGUAUUCUUUGGAUCGUACAGCUUAUCGAGUUCUUCUUGAUUCAAGCAUUGUGUUGAGCAUGCAAUGUUGUCGCAGACUAGUGCAGUUGAUAAUGCACCCGCAUUAG